UAGUUACGAGCUGUACACCCCAGGCACGGAUCGAGACCGUUCAGCGUUCUAUUAGUUCAGUCGCUACUCGGACACCUUCUACUGUCCACGCUUUCGGACAAUGCUAUUUGCGCGGUUACGGUACCAGUGAUCGAUAUGUACACCAAGUUUAUUUGGGUUACUCUAAUUACACUAGUCAUACUACAGAACACCGAUGGAAAGAAAUCUAAAAAGAAACGCAUUAACAAUGACGCCGCGGAGUCAACGCCGCAGCCGAAUGUGCUAACGUUCUCUACGUUUGGCUUUAACGAUGUCGGAUCUUAUGACGGGUUUGUUCCAAGUUCUCCUGACUAUGCUAAUUACCUGACAAACAAUAAACAGGAAUCUUCGACGCGAUUAUAUGCACCGGCAUUUCCAUCGGCUUUAGAGUCUACAGGACUGGGUACUUACUAUGAUCCUCAGCCGGACGUAGGUUCUUUUAGUAUUAGUAGUGACGGAUACCAAGCAAGUGGACAGCCCUAUCAAUUUGGAUCACAAAAUGUUUUUACGUCUCAAAACCAGGAUGAUAGUGGUGAUCAAAAUCAAAACGAAGAAACAAAAGAGGUAUAUCUAAAUGCCGAUAGUAAUAAUUCUCCUAUUUAUGGAACGAAGAUUAGCUCGAGGGGUAAAAAUAAAAAUUUUGAUAACUUUAAUCAUACAGAUUAUAAUGUAUAUGGAAGCAUUUCACCUACUAUAAACAAUGAUGUGGUUUUUAAAAACCUCAACACAAAUUAUCCCAAUUUACCAUCAAUGUCUCAGUCCACGAAUAAUGAUAAAUAUUUAAUGCCAUCGCCACAAAGUUCAUCAUCACUGAAAUUUCCAAAGGUAGUAGAUUUUACUCAUUUUAAAAAUUACUAUCCCACCAGUGUCGAUACUAAUUUCCAAGAAUCUAAUCAAAAGCCUUUUAAUUUAGAUUUACAUAACAAUGUUGAUACAAAUUUAAGCCCUUAUAAAAGUUAUACCAAUACGGAACUCAAAGAAGAACAACUACUAAAAAACAAACUUAAUUACAAAGAUGAAAAAACAAAGAGUGAAAUUUCAGAACCGAAUUACUUUACAAGUGAAGAUGUGUCCGAUAUUAAAAUCAAUUUUAAAAACAAUAGAAAUAAAAAUGAGUUUAAGGAUAAAAUCAAGAAUAAGCCGUGGAAUUUAAAUAACAAUAAUAAUGAUGGUAAAAAAUCCAGAAAUCCAACUAAAGGAUAUGAUUAUUCUACAAAUUAUAGUACAACGAGUUUUAGAUUUGAUAAUAGUGCGCCAAAGAGGCCAUUCAAUAACAGCAUUGAUGAAAUUGCUCCAGCAAGUAGUAAUUCGGAUUACAUAGGCUAUCAGUUUCCCGAUAAAGAUUUUUCUGCAUUGAAACAUACACAAAGCAUUAACUCUCCUUUUGAAAUUGAAAACCAAAGCAAAGUUUCAAACAGUUACAAUGAUAAGUAUAAACCUUCAGAAGAUUACUUAAAUUCUUUCAAAAACUUGUAUUCUGCGAUUCCUAGUACUACUUCCCACUGGGGAAAUAUUUUUAAGACAACAGAUUUUUCUUCGUACAAAAACCACCCUAAAACUCCCGUAUACAAGGACGAUAUAAAUGAUGAGAUAGUACACAUUCCAAAAAGACAUCAAAACGUAAAAAACGGAAAGUACUUUGAUAGUAAAUUGAAUGAUUUUUCAUUUCCCAACACAUACAAAUUGUAUAAAGACAAUGAUGACAAAGAACAAUUAGAUUGGACAAAAAAUAUUUUUAACACUAGAUUUAAAUCCGAAGAAGAUUUGCUAGGGCUAAGAAAUCAUGAUACCUCACAUCCCUCUUAUAUACCGACGUUCAAGCCAAGCUAUAACGAUUUUUCUGAAGAUAUAGAUUACAAAAAACUAGUUCAAAAAUGGCGGCAAAACUACUUGAAAUCGAAGCUUAGAGACUCUUAUCGUGAAUAUGAAACGUAUGCAUCGGAAACAAAGCCUAUCCACGUACCUCUUCCUAGGCCUUACUCGAUAGAUGUGCCGCGUCCGGUAAUCGUGCCGGUGCCGCAGCCUUACCCGGUAAAAAUUCCCAUACCAAAACCGGUCGCUGUGCCGGUUGUAAGGGAGAUAACCGUGCCUAUCGAGAAGCCAGUGCCGUAUCCGGUCAUCAAAAAGGUUCCUUAUCCCAUAGAGAAGCUAGUUCCUGUACCUGUUGAAAAACAGGUACAAGUGCCAGUUAUGAAACCGUAUCCAGUGCACAUUCCGCAAAUAAGACCCGUCUUUCAUCACACGAAACCUCACGACGAUAACGAAUUGGAGUCAGAAGAAGACGAGUAUUAUUCCCGACCAGACACUAAGAGACCUGUUUACAAACGUCCAAAAAGUUCUCGUAACCGACCCCGUACUCCGUCCAAAAGACCAUCACGCAUGACAUAUCAAGAUCGCAAUAGGAGACGUGUGCCAAAUAGAAGACCGUCUUUUCCUUAUCAUAACCAAAGACCCAGGAGACCUUACCCUUCAGAUAGUCGCUCCCCACAAAGAUACCGCGAUGAUUUCGAAGAAGAUGACACUGAAAGUGAAUUCGAAAACUAUUGUAAAAGAACUGGCAAAUGUUAGUAUUAUAGAAAAUUUAUAGGGAGAGGCAAAAUUUCAGCUUAAAUUUAGGGUUCCGUACCAAAUGUCUAAUGUAUUUAUAAAUAUGCUAAUUAAUCCAAAUAUCAAGGCGUAAU